GGGCUUCGAGGUGUCCCGGGCCUCCUCCUUCUCCUCCACCAGCAGCUGUAACAGCAGCGAUGUCUCCCCCAGCAGCAGCAACGUUAGUAUUGAGACCCACGUCAGCUCUCCUCUGUCUGAGGAGCCAUCGGCCCCGCGAGGCCCCCAGCCACACACACACACCAAGACCCAAACACAGCCCGCCAGGGCUCCCAGCAGUGAGGAGCAUCUCCUCCCAGCAUCUCCCAGUGAAAGAGAGAUGGCGGUACCUGAAGUGAAUUGCACUCUGUUUUUAUUGGCCGGCUACGCCAAGUACGGGCGUCCCUACGCCUGGAUACGGUCCAAUCACGAACGCCUGGUCAACAUCGGGGGCACGGACUCGAUGGUGAAGGACACGCCCAUGAAACUCAAAUCCGUCACAGACUGGCAGACGCAGGGGAUACGUGUGUGGGACGUCGUUAGCGAGCUGGUGUGUUUGUGCACCAUCCCCACACCGUCCAACCCCUUCGCCCUGGACAUGCCGUACGUCAAAGGUCUCCCCCUCCCCGAACGCUUCCUGGUCACCGGGGCGCUCCUUCACUUCUUGGAGACGUACGUGGUUUACGGAAACCGGGACGAACUGCACUACGAUAAAGUGGUAGAAGAGGUCAAGCCCCUGAGGCGUCUGCAUGUCCAGUCGCUGUUGGAGAUCCAAUCCAGAAACUCUGAGGAGCUGCAGCAGCCCCCCCAUUCAGCCCCACCCUCCAUAAAGGAUCUCCCAUCUGAAGGGGAGUAACCCUGAUCGGGGGCCCCCCGGGAUGAACAUGGGGUUGUGUUGGUGCUUCAAUCAAAGAUGACCUCUGGUUUCAGUGCUCUCUUGAUACAAACUGAACUGUGAGCGGCAGCUUCCGGUCACACACACACACACACACCCACACACACAUACACACUGUGUAUUUCAAAACUGAUUUGUGACAGUAAGUGUGGUGGGAAUCUGUUGCUUUGUCAGGAAACGGGUGUCUGCAGUUACGUUGGAAUGUCUGGACCGCCAUGUUGGGUGAUUCAUUUCAGGAAUUUGUUAUAGCUAAUGUGACGGGAUCUGGCUAAUCCCAUCUGGGGGAUUCUACAGCACCGGUGUCAUCAGCAUCCAUCACUUAACAGACUUUUUUUUCCCAAUGUCUAAACGCUGUUGUAACACAGCCCGCUCUAUUUAUAGGUAUAUAUAUAUAUAUAUAUACACACACAUGGCAGUAUACCAGUAUUUGUACUCAAAAGCGUCUGUUUGUGCUGUGCUGCCAUCUUUCUCAUCGUCCGAAGGUACCAGUCACAUAUAUCAGACUACUUGAAACGUGAAAAAGUGAAGUAC